AAAGUACAGACCUCCACCCCCCCCCCCCCCCACCAAAAAAAAAAAAAAGAACAAUGUUAUCUUGAAUUCUUCAAGAACCAAAAAGAGAACAUUAUACAAAGUGAGGAAGAAAAAUGGCAAUGAUGAUGAAGCAAGGGCUUCUUAUAGGAAGUUCUUGUCCUCAUUUUCUCUCACCCAAAAUUCCCUCUUUCAAACAACCCAUUUUUCACCUUACCAACAAAUGUAGAGAAGAAGAAAAAGAAGUUCUCUUUGUUCAGAAAAAAAUCAAGAAAUUUUUGGCUAUUGAUUUUAAGGAAGUCUUGCAGUUUAGGCAUUCCGCGGCAACAGUAAUCAUGGCUAAUGCAUUGAUGAUGACUUCGCCUUUAGAUGCUUUAGCUGAAACUUGUGAAGCUGAUAACUCACCCUUGAACAUGCUCUUCAACAUGCCGUUACUGCUGUUUGUUGCGCUUAUUGGGGCUACCGUUGGAGGAUUAGUAGCACGUCAGCGAAAAGCAGAAUUGCAGCGGUUGAAUGAACAGCUCCGCCAGAUCAAUGCUGCUUUACGAAGGCAAGCCAAGAUUGAGUCUUAUGCACCUAACUUAAGUUACGCGCCUGCCGGUGGUAGAGUUGUGGAAUCUGAAGUAAUUGUUGAUCCAAAGAAGGAGGAAUUAGUAUCUCGCUUGAAAAACGGGAAGAAAUUUCUUAGAAACCAAGCGCCAGAAAAGGCGCAGUUGGAGUUUAAAAUUGCUCUUGACCUUGCACAAAAUUUAAACGAACCUUUAAGGGAAAAGAAAGCAGCUCGGGGCUUAGGAGGUUAUGGGUUCAAGCCUUGGAAACAGCCUCUUUCUGCCAGGGGCGUCUUUACAACGGCAGGGCAAGUACCGGGAAGCUAUUAAGUAUCACUCGUUGGUUCUUGAAUUAUCGGCAAGACAUGGCGAGGACUCGGGUAGCACAGAAGCUUAUGGAGCAAUAGCUGAUUGUUACACUGAGCUUGGAGAUUUGGAACAAGCUGCAAAGUACUAUGAUCUGUAUAUUGCUAGAUUAGAAACUGAUUGAGUUGCUACUGUGAGGAUUUUUUGUACCUAUAAGUUAUGUAUUAUGACCAGGACGUCAUGGGUUCAAGCCUUGGAAACAGCCUCUGGCAGAAAUGCAAGGUAAGACUGCACACAAUACAUAACAUCCUUGUGGUGGGGCCCUUCCCCCGGACCAUGCGCAUAGCGGGAGCUUUAGUGCAUCGGGCUGACCUUUUAUAAGUUAUGUAUUAUGAAGUCGAUCUUAGGGAAGACCAAGACCAUUCGUAUGGUUGAAUUGAUGAAUUCGCUUCCAUCUCUUCGACUGAACCUAAAAUAUUUUGUUUAUAUUUAUGCAUUCAAAGUAGAAUGCUCAGAGCUUGAGGCUACCCAUUGUUUCUCAGGAGAGCCUUUUUUUGUAUCACCAUACUUUAUAAAGUUGUCCUUUCCAUUUUUA